AUGCAAUAUCGAUUCCUGGGCCGAACUGGUCUCAAGGUCUCUGCCAUUUCGCUCGGAGGAUGGCUCACCUAUGGUGGUCAUGUUGGCAAUGAAACUGCCUUUGAGUGCAUGAAAGCUGCGUACGAUGUGGGAAUCAACUUCUUCGAUACCGCAGAGGGUUAUUCUGGCGGCGAGGCCGAAGUCGUCCUCGGCCAGGCGAUCAAGAGGUAUGGAUGGAAACAAAACGAUCUAGUCAUUUCCACGAAACUCUACCACGGACAAGCCAACGCUGCCAACCCCUCGAAUCCUCUCAAUAACAAGGGCCUUUCCCGCAAGCACAUCAUUGAAGGAAUUGACGCUUCACUGAAGCGCCUCGACCUCCCCUAUGUCGACAUUGUCUUUGCUCACCGUCCCGACCGCGAGACGCCCAUGGAAGAGGUCGUACGUGGUUUCAACCACAUCAUCAACACAGGCAAGACAUUCUACUGGGGAACGUCGGAGUGGACGGCCAGCGAGAUCGCAGAUGCAUGGCGCAUUGCAGACAGACUGGGUCUAGUCGGCCCAGUCGUCGAGCAGCCGCAGUACAGCCUCCUCUGGAGAGAGCGCGUCGAGAAGGAAUACCGAUGGCUCUAUGAGGCCCACGGUCUCGGCCUGACGGUCUGGUCGCCGCUCAAGCAGGGGAUCCUAACGGGCAAAUAUAACGAUGUCGAUGCGCCCCCUCCAGGAAGCCGUCUGGCCGAGGCACAGGACAACUAUACCGUUAACUUCCGCAAGACGUUUGGCAAUGAGACCUGGAAGGCUCAGCUGGCGCAGGUCGCUGCGCUGAAACCUAUUGCAGAGGAACUGGGCGUCACGCUAGCACAGCUCUCCCUGGCCUGGGCGUUGACGAACAAGAAUGUCUCGUCGCUGAUUACUGGAGCCUCGAAACCUGAGCAGAUCAGGGAGAACGUGCGCGCAUUCGCUGUGGUGGAGAAGUUGACGCCGGAGAUCAUCGAGAAGAUCGAAAAGGCCGUUGGGAACAAGCCCGCAGUCGAGCCUACUAGAUUCUAG